UUCAUCUCUUGACUGUUUGAACGGUAGCCUAGCAGCAACAGUGUAGAAGCUUGGACGUAGCAGGAGUAUGUUGACAAAUUUAAUUUCAGGCUUAAAUAUUCAAACCACCCAGAAGCCUGAAGAUGCCACCCAAUCUUGAUUGGGGUCAGCUGAUGAAAGUUGAUCCAGAUGCCUUGUCUGGUCAGGAAAGGCUUGCAGAUAAGCUUCUGCUCUCCCUUUCCAAGGUUGAGAGCAAUGACCUGAAAGAAAGUGACCAUGACAAGCUUGUUCAGCUUUUCAGAAUCACCCAAGCUUUAAUGAAGAUGAAAGCCCAGGAAGUGGAUCUGGCUGUAGAGGAAGUAGAAAAAGCUGGUGAAGAACAAGCAACAAUAGAAAGCCAGCUGAAAGCUAAAGUGAACAAACUGGAAAAUGAGUUGGAGAUGGCUCAGAUGUCUGUGGGGGGGAGAGACACUCGUUUUCUUCGGGAUGAGAUUCGGCAGCUGGAGAAUCAACUGGAGCGCAAGGAAAAGGAGCUGGCUGAAAUGGAGAAGCAAAUUAACAAGGAAAAGAAAGCCAAUGAAAAUCUGACACUUCGAGCUGAAGAAGCAGAAAAUGAAAACAGCAAGCUAAGAAGAGAGAUAAAACAGCUAAAAAAAAAGAAUGACCAGCUUCGACAGGACAUCAUUGAUUAUCAGAGGCAGAUAGACUCCCAGAGAGAGACUCUUCUUUCCAGGAGAGGAGGUGAUUCGGAUUUCCGAUCCCAGCUCUCUAAGAAGAACUUAGAGCUUGUUCAGUAUCUAGAUGAAAUUCAGAAUUUGACAGAAGCAAAUGAGAAACUGGAAGUUCAAAACCAUGAGAUGCAGAAGAACCUGGAGGAGUCUGUCAACGAAAUGGAAAAGAUGACGGAUGAAUAUAACAAAAUGAAGGUGGUUGUGCAACAGACUGAUAUUUUCAUGGACCAGCUAAGCAAAGAAAAAGAGCACCUUAGACUUCAAGUGCAAGAGCUGACAGAACAGAUUCAGGCAAGAACAGAAGAGGAUGAUCCAGUGAUGGCAGCAGUAAACGCAAAAGUGGAGGAGUGGAAGAGUGUGUUAUCUGCAAAGGAUGAUGAAAUUAUUGAAUACCAGCAGAUGUUGAGGGACCUCAAAGUAAAGCUCAAAACUGCCCAGCUUGACUCUGACAAAAAUAAUGUCAUGGCUCUCCAGCAGGUUAUUUAUGAACUCUGUGCUGCUGUACAAGAACGAGACAGUCAGAUCAAGAUGCUGACUGAUCAGGUAGAACAAUACACAAGUGAGAUGGAAAGAAAUGCACUUGUUAUUGAAGACCUGAAAAAACAGCUUCAGAAAGACACAGGUCUCCCAUCGCUAACACAGCAGAACAGAAUUGGAGAGAUCCAGACAAAGCUACAGGUGACAGAGAAGAGGGCACUGGAGGCUGAGAGGGUAGCGGAUCUGGCUGAGUCUGAUGCCAGAGAUAAGGACAAAGAACUAAGUGAAGCUCUGGCUCGAAUGAGAGCAUAUGAGGCUGGUGAAUAUGGUCUGGAAAAUGCUGUUGCAGAAAUUAAGGAAUGCAAAACCCAGAUAAGGAUAAGAGAUCACGAAGUUGAGGCUCUGACAAAAGAAAUUAAUACGCUUGAAAUGAAGAUCAAUGACCUGUUGGAUGAAAAUGAAGAUUUUAGAGAACGUUUGGGACUUAAUCCUAAAGAGGUUGUUGAUUUGACUGAAUUUCGAAGAACAAAGGCUCUGAAACAGCAACAAUACCGUGCAGAAAACCAGAUACUACUUAAGGAGAUUGAGAGGCUGGAAGAAGAACGGCUUGAGCUGAAGAAACAUAUCAGAAGACUUGCGAAAGACAAAGGGAAGAGAGCUGCUGCAUUAGGAUUGACAGCAGAUGAUUUGCAGCUUGUUGACGACUUCACUGAAAAUCUGAAAAGCUCAGAAAAACUCAACCAAAUUCCUUAUACUGACAGUCAUGAGCAGAUCAAACACAUGAAUGAACAUCUUUUAAAAGAACUUCACGAUAAAGAAAAAGAAUUGGAACUUAAAAGGACCGAAUUAGCUCAAUUAAAAUCCAAGUCAAAAAACACAAUGGAAGAAAAUAAACAGCUUGAGCAGGGAAUGAAAGAAAUAUUACAAGCAAUAAAAGAUACACAAAAGGAUUCAAAAGGAGAAACUGGCCUCAGUAUCCCCAUUCUAGAAAGGCUUGUCAAUGCAAUUGAGACAAAGAGCUCGGAGGGAGUAUUUGAUGCCAAUGUGCAUUUAAAGGCUCAAGUUGAUCAGCUCACUGGACGAAAUGAUGAACUGAGGAAGGGAAUGAAAGAAGCUCGCAAAGAGGCUGCAAGUGCUGCCAACCAGCUGGAGAAAGCCAAUGAAAAGGCUGAUCGCAUGGAAAAUGAAAUACAAAUGCUUCGUCAAUCAGGUGGGAGCAGUAUUGUGUUUAAGAUCCUUAAUCUCCCAGAUAAGAUGGCCCCUUCUAGUGCUGAAGUAAUCAAUUCUCUUAACGAAUAUACAGUUGAACUUCUACAGGAAUUACAUAAUAAAGAGGAAUCUAUGAUGAAGCUGGAAGAAGCUUUAGAGGAAUACAAGCGGAAAUUUGCUGUGAUUCGUCAUCAACAAGGACUGCUAUAUAAGGAGUACCAAAGUGAAAGGGAAUUGUGGCAAAAGGAUACUGAAAAGAUUCAGGAACUCCAAGAUAAACUUGGAGAGCAGAAGGAGCAGGAUGCUGCUAAAAUACAAGAGUAUAAUCGUUGGUUAGACGUGCUACAGAAAGACCCUGAUGAAAUAAAGAAACAACUGGCUGAAGCUGCUCGAAAAAUGACUGUCCUACGGGUAAAUGAGAAGUCCCUGACAAGGCAUUAUACAACCCUGCUGGAAAUGGAGCAGCAUCUCAGAAAGGAGAACAACAAAUUAAAGAAUGAAAUGAUUGCAAUGGAAGCAGCAGUGGCAGAAAGAGUUGGAUACCUACAGAGAUAUAAGGACAUGGCAGCUUUUAAAAUAGCUGCAUUGCAAAAAGCCUUGAAUGACAGUGUUCCCUCUGCUGAUCUGGAGAAAGCAAAUAAACAAUAUAAUGACCUGACAACCAAAUACAGAGACAUGCUGCAAAAGGACAACUUGCUUGUUCAGAAAACGACCAACCUGGAACAUUUAGAGGGUGAAAGUGCAGUUCUCCGGGGACAAAUUGAUGCCUUGAACAAAGAACUUGAGAUAACCAAGGAAAAGCUGCACACAUUAGAGCAAGCCUGGGAACAGAUCACCAAAUUAGGAGGUGAAAGUGCAAUGGAUAAAGCAACCAAGGCAAUCACUAAUGGUGAAAUUGUGUCCAUCUCCAAGAAAAUUACGACGCUGGAAAUGAAAGAAUUGAAUGAACGACAGAGAGCAGAGCAUGCACAUAAAAUGUACGAACACCUGAGAAGCUCGUUCAAACAAGUAGAGGAGCGUAACUUUGAGCUGGAAACCAAAUUUGCAGAACUAACGAAACAGAAUCUAGAAGCUCAAAGGAUAGAACAGGAGCUAAGGGAUGAAUUGGCUAACAGCGUUAGUAAAGCAGUCAGUGAUGCCGACAGGAGAAGAAUUAUGGAGUUGGAGAAAACUGAGGCUGACCUGAAGAUUGAAGUAUCAAAGUUAAGAGAUGUCUCAGAUGUAGCCAAGAUGCAGACUUCUGCUUUGGAAGCUCGCCAACAGUCCAGAGAAAAGGAAGUAGAAGCCCUUAGAAAGCUAGUUUUGGAUUAUCAGGCUCAAUCAGAUGAGAAAGCUCUCAUUGCGAAGUUCCACCAACACAUUAUAGCAUUACAGGUGAGUGAAGCAACUGCUGUUAGCAAACUUGAGGCCACAGUGACCAAACUGCAGAAGCUGGAGGCCUACAACCUGCGCAUGGAGCAGAAAAUGGACGCUAAGGAGCAGUCCUUGUACUAUGCCAGACAGGAGGGGCGGAACCGAGCCAAACACCUGAGGCAGACUGUGCAGUCCCUCAGGAGGCAGUUCAGUGGUGCCCUGCCACUGUCCCAGCAAGAAAAGUUCUCCAAGACCAUGAUCCAGCUGCAGAAUGACAAGUUGAAGGUGCUUCAGGAGGUGCAGCAGGCUCAGCAGGAGAGUAGAAAGGCUGAAGACAAGGCUCUGGAACUGGAAAUCCGGCUCAAGGGGCUGGAGGAGCUGAUAAGCACACUGAAGGAUGUCAGAGGAGCUCAAAAGGUGAACGAGUGGCACAAGAAAAUGGAAGAGUUGCGUCUUCAGGAUCUGAAGCAGAACAGAGAGCUAGGUGUUCAGAAAGAAGAAAUUAAAUAUUUAAAGACUAUCAUUGCUGAACAAGAACGCACCAUCAGCAGUCUGCAAGAAGAAGUUGUUCAGCAAAACAAUCUUUAUGAGGAACAGCAGCUAUCUUGGGAUCAGAGGGAAGUGGACCUGGAACGACAGCUGGACCUGUAUGAGCGUCAGCAUAAUGACGUGCUCAGCACUGCACGGAAGUUUGAGGAAGCUACAGGAUCUAUUCCAGACCCCAGCUUGCCUGUACCACAGCAGCUUGACUUGGCUUUAAGAAAGAUCAGAGAGCAUAUCCGCACCAUUCUGGAAACACAGACAACGUGCAAGACCUUGGAUGAAAAAUUGAAAGAAAAAGAGGCAGCUCUUUGGAAAGCAGAACAAAAUGUGUUAUCGAGGGACCGUGUAAUCAACGAGCUGAGACUUCGCCUUCCUGCAACAGCAGAGAGGGAGAAACUCAUAGCAGAGCUGGGGAGAAGGGAAGAGGACCCUGAGUUUCAGCAGGCGUUGAAAGUGGCCCAUCAAACCAUAGCAAACUUGCAGGCCCGGUUAAACCAGAAGGAAGAUGUCCUGAAGAAAUACCAGCAUCUCCAAGCCAAAGCAAGACAGGACCAAGAAGAAGUUGCAAAGAAGCAUGAAGAGGAACUCCGAUUAUUACACCAGAAGCUGGACUUGCACUCUGAUACAUCACUAAACAAGUUUAAGCAAACUGCACUGGAAUUGAUGAAGAAACCUUCCAUUGCGGUUCCUACUACAAAACACCUGGCCAGGCUAGCCGAGAUGGAGCAAACAGUAGCUGAGCAGGACAACUCACUAUCUAAUAUUACUGAUAAACUAAAGAGAGUAACAGCAGAACUAGAGAAGCAGAAACAAAUCACAGUGUUAAAAAUGAAAGAACACGCAAAUGAAAAAGCAAAACUUGAGGAGAGGCAUGUGGCUGAGGUAAAGAAACUGAAGGAGAAUGUGGCUGAGCUCCGAACCCUCUUGUCCCAAAUGGAAAAGGAGGUGCAUUACCUCAGAACUGAACUGGAAGCACAGAAAGAGGCCAACACCAGGGCCCCCACCACUACAAUGAAGAGCUUGGUGGAAAGGCUUAAAGCUCAACUUGCUUUAAAGGAAAAACAGCAAAAGGCUCUCAGUAAGGCUCUGUUAGAGCUGAGAUCAGAAAUGACUGCUCAUGCGGAAUACCAGAUUGUGGCAAGUGCAUCACAAAAAGAGGAAAACCUGAAUGUCCAGCAGAUUGUUGAUAAGCAUACCAAAGAACUGAAGUUUCGUAUUGAAGACUUGAAUGAGCAACUUCUGACGGCAAAGGAAAAUCUAAAAGCAAGUAAAAACAAGGAAAACUCUCUAAAAGAAGAGAUGGACAGUUUAAACAGGGAUCUAAACAGGAGUUAUAAGGCUCACAAGAAGUUGCAGUCUGAGAAAGAAGAACUGGACAAAGAGAAUGAAGAGCUCAAAAAAAGAAUAAAGAGGCUAGCCAGCAGCAUGCAGAUCAAGUCAGAUAAUGAAAGCAAGCAGUCCACAGUAGAUGAACUUCAGAAGAAGAUAAAAAGGUUAGAAACUGAGCUGGAAAGGAAGGCUACAUCGGAAAGAAAAAUAAUAAAGGAAGACAAGACAUCAAAAGAAGAAAUAGUAAGGUGGGAAGAAGGUAAAAAAUGGCAAGCUAGAACUGAAGGCAUGCGCAACAAACUGAAAGAAAAAGAGAAGGAGGUUGAGAGCUUAACAAAGCAACUGAGUACCAUAAAAGACCUCUAUACACGGCUUGAGCAGGAAAAAGCAUCUUUGCAGAAGAAAAUCAAGGCCCGUGGUGUGACUGUGGAUCAAGUGGUGGGAGUUCGAACUCUAGAGUCUGAAAAGGAGAUUGAGGAACUGAAGAGGAGGAAUUCAGAGCUGGAGAAUCACAUUGUUACUAUAAAGAAACAGCAAGCUUUACCACGAGAUUCUGCAAUGGAAGAUUUGAAUUUAAAAAAUCGAUACCUUGAGGAAAAACUCCUUGCUUUAGAAAGACAACUUUCAAAAGAUACUCAUUCCAGGCCUUCAUGCAAUUCUAUAUUUCCUGACUGUGCCAUCACAAAUACUUCUGAAAAAAUAGCAGAUUUUAAAUCUGGCAAAGUUAACAUUAAAAGCUAUGAGAGUGAAGACAAAAGCAAAAAUGUAGGUAAUAUAAAUUGGGAUGGAGUAAUCUUUUCUGAAGAAGUUGAAAGUGCAUUGAAAGUUGAGAAGGAGGAUCAGAGUACUACAGUUGCUUUAGAUAGUAAACUGGAAACCGAGGUUGCUGAAAAUAGGGACAGAUUUGCCGCUGCAGAGGACAAUAAGGCUGAAAGUGAGACUGACAGGGUCAGUCCCUCUAAAACUGAGGAGAUACCUAUCUGUGAAGAACAACCUGAAGCUGUAGAAUCCAACCCCCAGGAAGUGGAUCCCUUUGGAGACAUAGGGGGUAAGAUUGGGAGCCCUUUUGGGAAAGAUCUAAAUAGGAAUCCAUCUAAUGCUUCGGAGCAUGCAGUGACAUCUACAAGCGAAAAUGGUGAAGGAGAUAAUAGACUUACAAAUGAGCAAAGUGGAAACAAUACAGAAGAUACUAACAAAGCACAGCAGCAAGAUGAAAAGGAAGAACCAGCUGCACCCCUGGUUAAUGAAGAGGAGGAAAAACUUAGCAAUGAACAUAGUGGAAGUCAUGCAAAAGAAAGUGUUGAUGCUGUAGAUGAAACUCAGGAAAACUCUGAGAAGGAAGAACCAACAGAGGAUGACAUUAUUGAAAGGCUAGAACUGAAACCAGAUGAUGUUAAUGAGACAUCAGGUAUGGGGUCUGAUUCACAUUCUCAAAAAGAUGAUGAAAUCCAGAGGGAGAAUCUCAAGCUGUCUUCAGAAAACAUGGAACUGCGUUUCCAACUGGAACAAGCCAGCAAAGACUUGCCAAGGUUUAAGGACAAAGUUGCAGACCUAAAAGAGAUGUGUGACCUUCUUAAAAAGGAGAAAACAGAAAUUGAGAAAAAACUUGGAAAUGUACGAGGGUCUGGACGUAGUGGCAAGACAGUACCCGAACUAGAGAAAACUAUAGGCCUUAUGAAGAAGGUGGUGGAGAGGGUGCAGAGGGAGAAUGAAGAAUUGAAGAAAGCUCCUGGAGUGGUAUCCAAGGAGAAGCUUGCUGGCCUGGAAAGGGAGAAUGAAAAGCUCAAGUCAGAGUUUGAAAAACUGAAACUGCAAAUGGGAGGUCAGCUAAGCAUGAGGUAUGAGUCUAAAACGAAGGGAAUGGAGAAGAUUGUGGCAGAGAAUGAGAGGCUACGCAAGGAGCUUAAAAAGGAGGCAGAAUCGGCAGAAAAGCUGAAGAUAGCAAAGAAUAAUCUGGAGAUCAUGAAUGAAAAGCUAAUGGUGCAGUUGGAAGAAACCAGCAAGAGGUUAAGUUUUGCUGAAAGUAGGGGGCCACAGUUAGAAGGUGCGGAAAGCAAAAGUUGGAAAUCUAUCGUGGUCACAAGAAUGUAUGAAAGUAAAAUGAAGGAACUAGAGACUGACAUUGACAAAAAGAACAAGAGUCUUUCAGACCUGAAACAGCUGCUACGAGAAGCAACUGAGCGGGAACAGCAAACAGAGCACUGUAUCAGUGACUUGAAAGAGCAAGUUGAACUUCUAAAACAUUUCCCUGAGGAAGCAAAGACUGAGCCAGGCCUUAUCCGAGAACUGCAGCUCAUCAGGCUAACAAACGAUCGUCUGGAGAAGGAAAAGACAGAGCUUGUUCACCAGUUACAAGUUUAUAGACAGCAGAUUGGGGCAACAACAGAGGGUGCUGCUGAACCUGGGUAUGAUGAGCUUCUAGAGAAAUGCAUAAAACAUGACAAAAUGAUGGGGGACUUGGUGGAACUGCAAACCCAGGUCAAGGCCGCAGACCUAGACAAAAGACAUUUGCAGGAAGAAGUAAAAAAGAUGAAAAAAGAACUUGAGAACUUUGACCCCACUUUCUUUGAAGAGAUUGAAGACUUGAAGUACAAUUAUAACCAAGAAGUGAAGAGGAAUAUUCUCCUGGAGGAGCAGCUUAAGAAGCUUUCAGACCAGUUUGGAGUUCAGGUUAACAUUCCAGCUAAUGUAUCCAUUGACUAAAAUAUAGGAACCAUCCUGAAAAACUGCAUCUUCAGAUAAAUCCAUGACAAGUCUCAUUGUUUUGUAAUGUUGGCUGAGGUGCCUCCACUGUUACGCUAGCUUAGUAUUGUUUCUACUGUAUUUUGUUACAUCAGGAAGAAAGCUUGUUAAAUGUAACAUCAUUUGUUGUAUUUUCUUUAGGUGAUUUUGCACAGAAUAUACACUAAUUGGCCAGUAUUGGUUGUUUUGUAUAGUUCCUGUUAGUUUUUAACAAUAACAACUAAGAUUCUUAUGUUUCCCCCUCCUAUGUACUACCUGUUGUAACACAUUUCUGUGUUAGUUUUAUUCAUAUCAGCUAGGGUUGUGCUACCGAAGUAAUUUCACCUAUGAAGUAUGUCCUAUUGCUGUGCUGUUUUAAUCUACAUUUAAAAUUCCUCUCAACCACAUCAUCAACCUGUUUUCUGUAACAGUUGUUAGAUUUUAAUUUUUAGACAAAAUCAUAUGGCAAUAUGAUGAGAUGUUUCUCCAAAGACAGUAUGAGUGAUGGGCACUGAAAUGGCUUUUUAAUAACUCUAAAAAAUAUACCUACCAUUGUCUGUUUUCACAGACCCCGAUUAGCAGUAAUCUUGGAUUACCCUACCUAAGGUAACAUUAGGUUAAGUACAAGAUUACUGCGAAUCAGGGUUUGUGAAGCUAGCCAAAUUACACAGGAGGCUGAAUUAGAAAUUGAUUACAAUUAUGUAGCAGUGUUAAGUAGUGCUGCAAAAUAAAGCUACUUAAGAAUUAUUUACACUUCUAAAUGUUAUUUAUGGAAACAAUGUUUUCUGUGAAAUUCUUCUGUAAAUUAUUUUUUUAUAAAAAUGAGAGGCCUUGUAAAUAAAUGUAACUGUGAAUGUUAA